AUGAACUUUACAAAUGAAACGACAUUGGAGCCAACAACAUUAUUGACUUCAUCAUCAUCAUUCGGUGAUCAUGAUGAUGCUGUGACCGAACAAUUGAAACAGGACAUGAUGUAUUUUCUAGGCUGUGUUCUGGUUUUCCUGUUUGCAGUCUGUGGAACCAUGUUCUUUGACAAGAGGCAACAAACGGAACAAAGCAUUAAGCGGAUCCGAUUGAUUAUGCAAUCUUUAGUGACUCAAUCGGUUGGAAAAGACGGGCCAGAAAGAGAAAGCAAAGGAAAACAGGAACAUCAUGAUAAGAGUGCUGAAAGUGAAGGAAGUAGCACAGAUGGUGAACAUUCCGACGUGGAGAAUCCGAUUGGAAAAGUUGAUGCUGGUGGAUCCCACCAACCACGACAAUCGGCAAUACAACGGUGGAAACAACUGACAUCCAAAAUUGCCCCGAAUUCAACCAGGCAAACUCUAGAAGAUGAAGAAGAUCAGUUGAGUGAGACUGAAGAAGGAGACGUCUGCCCUAUUUGUAUCAUGCCGUUUGAAGAGGGGGACGAAGCAUGUUGGUCCAAAAAUCCAGAAUGUGAUCAUGUAUUUCAUACCACAUGCUUGAAGCCAUGGUUAAUGGCCCACAGUGAAUGCCCAUGCUGUCGAAAGGAUUAUCUGUCUUCGGGACAAAGCAAGAACAAGGACCAAGAGAAGAAAAAGAAAGAUGAAACGAAUUUGAGAGACCUAGAAUUUGCCCUUGACAUAUGA